UCAAACCAGACUCUCCUAACAUAUAUAACAACAAUGGAAAUGGUUGAAAACAAGCAGAUUAGUGCAUGGGAAGGCUAUGUGGAUUGGAGAAGAAAACCUGCCCUCAUAGGCAAACAUGGUGGCAUGCUGGCUGCUUCCUUUGUCUUGGUGGUGGAGGUGUUGGAGAACUUGGCAUUCUUGGCAAAUGCAAGCAAUUUGGUGUUGUACCUUUCGCAACACAUGCAUUUCUCACCUUCACAAUCGGCCAACUCCGUCACCAACUUCAUGGGGACUGCCUUUAUGCUCGCACUGCUCGGAGGCUUUUUGGCCGAUGCUUUCUUCACUACCUAUCACAUCUAUGUCCUCAGUGCAUUCCUUGAGCUUCUGGGCCUAGUGGUACUCACAAUACAGGCUUGGUCAGCUUCACUGAAGCCAGCAAGGUGCGAUGUUACCAGCAAGACAUGCGAGGCAGUCCAUGGCGGCAAAGCCGCAGUGCUAUUCACAGGGCUGUAUCUGGUGGCGCUGGGCGUGGGGGGCAUAAAAGGCUCGUUGCCCACCCACGGCGCUGAGCAGUUGGACCAAGAAACCUCCCAAGGGAGAAAGCAAAGAUCAACUUUCUUCAACUACUUUGUGUUUUGCCUGGCUUCUGGUGCUCUCGUUGCUGUCACUCUUGUGGUUUGGGUUGAAGACAACAAAGGGUGGCAAUGGGGGUUUGGAAUCUCCACCUUUGCUAUCUUCCUAUCCAUCCCGGUUUUCCUUUCUGGCUCCAAGUUUUACCGGAAUAAAGUGCCCUCUGGCAGCCCUCUAACCACCAUAUCUAAGGUUCUUGUUGCUGCUGCAUUUUUCAACUCUAAUAAUGGAUCAAGAAAUUCAAGAAACGCGGCCAUGGCUAUAACCCAUUCUCAACCAAUCCACAGAUCAAGAGAAGGUGAUAUUGAAGAACCACAAUCACUGAAGUUUCCAUCAGAAAGCCUGGGAGUCCUAAACAGGGCUGUUCUAAAGGGGUGCUCAGUAGAUGAAGUGGAAGAAGUUAAAGUUGUGAUAAAAAUCCUCCCCAUUUUCAUCUGCACAAUCAUGCUCAGCUGUUGCCUCGCGCAGCUCUCGACCUUCUCGGUCCACCAAGCUUCGACAAUGGACACGAGCCUCGGGUCCCUGAAAGUCCCCCCGGCCUCUCUCCCGGUUUUCCCAGUGCUCUUCAUCAUGCUCCUGGCGCCCGUGUAUGACCACGUGGUGAUCCCAUUUGCCCGAAAAGUUACCAAGACGGAGAUGGGGGUUUCGCACCUCCAGCGCAUAGGGGUCGGGCUGUUCCUCUCGGUCAUAGCCAUGGCGGUGGCCGCUCUGGUAGAAGUCAAGCGCAAGCGCGUGGCAGCCACCUCGGGGCUAUUCGACUCCAAGAAACCGCUCCCCGUUACCUUCUUUUGGAUUGCAUUCCAGUACCUGUUCCUGGGAUCAGCUGACCUGUUUACACUGGCGGGGCUGCUCGAGUUCUUCUUCGCAGAAGCCCCGGGGAGCAUGAGAUCCUUGGCCACCGCGCUUUCUUGGGCUUCAUUGGCCAUGGGAUACUACCUCAGCUCUGCUAUGGUCUCCAUUGUCAAUUCUGUAACUGGGGCUCUCAAUCACAAUCCAUGGCUCUCUGGCCAAAACUUGAACCAUUACCGUUUGGAACGGUUCUACUGGCUCAUGUGCAUUCUCAGCCUCUUCAACUUCAUUCACUAUCUCUUCUGGGCAUCGCGCUACAAGUACAGAUCUACCAAGUGAAUCUAUAUCUAUAGAGUAAGACUAGCUGAAAACCUGCUCUUAGGCCUUAGCA